AUGCCGAACACUACGGCUAUUUCCGCUCCGGGCAAGGUGCUUCUGGCCGGAGGCUUCUUAGUCCUCGACCGUCAGCACACGGGGCUUGUAUUUGGGUUGAGUGCUCGCAUCAAUGUUAUCGCUCAGGAGAUCAAGACAAUCAAGGGCGUUCAGCUGAGCGAGAUCGUCGUUGAGAGCCCUCAAUUCCUCGAAGCUCAGUGGCGUUACGGGUAUCACCUAGCUCCCGAGGAUGGCGGAAUCAAGUUAACUCAGCUUCGGGUCGGUUCGAAUAUAAACCCCAAUCACUUUGUUGAGGUCACAUUGGCCUACGCUCUCACUUACAUCCAAACUGUUGGCCACGCCGGGUCAUCAUACACCUUUAAGCCUGUACAGCUAAUCAUUUUGGCCGACAACGACUAUUAUUCGCAAUCUCAUUCGCACCAUCAUCACCACCACUCACACUCAGGUGCGACAGCCCGCUUCGCCAAGUUUCCCACCAAGCUCAAGGAUGCCCACAAGACUGGACUUGGAUCCUCCGCGGCCCUUGUCACGGCACUUACCGCCGCCUUACUGACGCAUUACCUCCCCAAAUCUUCCUUCGACGUAGACUCAGCAGAAGGCAAGCGCACGCUACACAACCUAGCGCAGGCCGCACAUUCCGCCGCCCAAGGCAAAGUCGGCUCGGGCUUCGACGUCGCGGCCGCCGUCUACGGCAGCUGCGUAUACCGGCGAUUCUCCCCAUCCCUCCUGGGCGACGUCCCCGAGAUCGGCGCCCCUGGCUUCGCCCCCGCGCUAGCAGCGUGCGUGGCGCGCGAGUGGGACGCCGAGUUCCGCAAGGACAACGCGCGCAUGCCGCCGGGCGUCACGCUGCGCAUGUGCGACGUUGACUGCGGCAGCCAGACCGUCGGCAUGGUCAAGCAAGUCCUCAAGUGGCGCGACCAGACCGAUCCGGCCGGCGCCAAGACCCUCUGGGACAACCUGCAGGCGCGCAACGAGGCGCUCGGCGCGACGCUCAGCGGCGAUCGCAAGGACGGCAUCACAAAGGCCGUGGAGGAGGUGCGCGUCUUGGUGCGCGAGAUGAGCGCCGCAAGCGGUGUCCCCAUCGAGCCGGAGAGCCAGACCGCGCUGUUAGACGCGCUGGCGCGUGUGGAGGGUGUGUACGAGGGAGUGGCGCCGGGGGCGGGGGGAUACGAUGCUCUAGCUUUGUUGGUUAGGGACGACAGGGAGACGGAGGAUCGAAUCAGGGAGUUUUUGAAGGGAUGGAGUCAGGAGAAGGGCGUUAAGGUUAAGCUGUUAGGCGUCAAGGGGGAGAUGGAGGGAGUGAGGAGGGAGGGGCUGGAGCAGUAUGAUGGGUGGUUGGGGCAUGUCUGA